GACAGUGUAGUGCUUCUGCUUCAGCGCAACGUAUUCAGCGUCGCGCCCGUCCGGCAAACACAGUUGGUAGGUCCGUUGCGCGUGUGCGUCCGUUCCCAUCCGGUUUCCGCGUUGGAUCGAGACGUCGUGCCCAAAACGCAAACACCCGAUUUUGGUCUAUGAUCGUUCGGUUCCACCGAUAAAAAAUAUAUAAAUUGUUCGAGUGAAAUCAAAAACCGCGCCGCUUGUGACCGUGAAAGAACUACUCGCACCAUGGGCUGUGAUACCAUCGACACAUGACCCGGGGACACGAUUAGUACCAUCGCGACGAGCUACAACAAAGGAAUAAUGAUCCCCGUUCAAGUGAGCUGCAGAAACAGGAUCUACGUGUGAUUUAGUAAGUCUGACGCUAUGAUCACAGAAAUGACGACUAGCUCCGUACUGCCUACUGGGGGUGGCAAGAUAAAACGUCCGAGUUUCAAAUCUCGCGGUGGGGCUGGACAGCACGUCCACCGAACAGGAAGCUUCAAGGGUUACCAGACUAUCCGGGUGUCGGUGCCGUCCUCGAUGGUUGCCGAGCUGGCAUCAAAGUUCAACGCGGUGGUGGUGGACGCCAACCAGGGUGACUCGAUGCAGGACAUCAUGAAAAAGGUGAACAAAACACUAGCCAAAGGCUCCACGGUCAGGACAAAGGUCACUACAGUCCGGGAAAAGGGCGUUUUGGUACGUGCCACGGUCGAGAAGUUCGAGUCAACCUCGCAAAAAAAGCGUUGUAUCAACCAGAUGGUCGUAGUGCGAACCAACUCGAACCUGCGUUCCGUCUCGGAACUGCCUACUGCCGUGGAACAUCCUACUGCCACAAAACAGCCAACAGCUGUGGAAGAUCCCACUGCCAUAAAACAGCCGACUGUCGUGGAACAACAGAAAGUCUCAGAUAACCUGACUGCCGUGAAACAUCCCACUGCCAUAGAACAGAGGGAAGUUGAAGAUCGUCCGACUGGAGUGGAACAUCAAAUCACCAUGACACACCCCACUGCCACUAAAAAUGAAGCAGCCGAACAGCUGAAUACUAUCAACCAGCACACGUCAUCGUCCGUAGUGAAAAAGCUCCUGGUGCAGUUCGAAAAUGGUAAAAAACCGUCGAAACCCAGCGUCCUGGGACCGAAACCUAACAUUACGACUCGCAGCAUUAGACGAAAUGAACGGAGGCCAAUGCUUCAAAAGGAUACGACCGGCGCGGUGGACAGACAUUUGUUGAACAAAGACAAACGGUUAUCGAUUGCCAGAGAUCCUGAUGCUCAGUUAGAGAGUGUCUUAAACGUGAUGCCUCCGCCGAAAAACUUGCAGCAGCCAAUGGAAAGGGAGGAAUCGCUACCACGAGAAGACUUGAAGCAGCAGCCAACAGAAACAGCUUCGGCCAAGUCACCGCCGCCACUACCGCUGAAACCUAACUGUUCCUUUCUGCAUGGUUGGAAACGGCCGACGACUUUGACGACAACCGCUGCUGCCUCCACUACCCCUAGUACAAAUUCCACAGCUAAAACUACCCCUACUACAACUACCACCCUUACAACCACCCCCACUACAACUAUCCCCGCUAGAACUACUUCCACCACAACUCCGCUUGCCACAACUACCCCUGCCAACAAUAUAGAUGGAUUACAUAACGUCGAUGAGGUACGAUCAUCCCAGCUGCCGUCGUCUCACACUGACUCCGUCAUCGCGUCCCUAGCCGAAGCUACCUUCACUGCGACUGGUUUCGCCACAGACACCGCUGUCGAUACCACUGCCGAAAUCGGUUCACACAACUACAAUUACAUCGUCGGUGACGAAUCCAUCUACGAGGAAUUGGGGUACAUACGACUAACGUCAACCGACUCUGGCAAUGACACCGCAGAAUCGCAGUUGCCAAAUGUCGUGUUGGAGAGUCCGUACGUCGCACUAGAGAGUCCUUAUGAUCACUACUCUACGAUUGAUGGUGGCGAGCACAACAUAUACGACGUCGUUACGACUGCCACCACUGCCUACGAAGACACCAGCUACGAGACUGUCCAACCCCCGUUACCCCCAAUACCGACGCCACCGGUCGUAUCCGUCACAGUCGUCGACGCGUCACCGCCGCAACUUCCGGUCGAAGGCGAUAGCGACGAAAACGGCCACCAUGAUACAAAAGAGAUGUUUGAUAAUUCGGUAGAAAUUGAUAACAGCAUUUAUGGAAUCAAUCCACCGUCGGAAUCUACUUCAUCCGGUAUCACAUCCGAUAGCGCCAGUGUGGACAGAAACAGUAAAUUUGACGAGGAUGAUGGUUGGGUGGAUGUUCCUUCAUCUGAAGAAAUUAUUUUAAUACCGUAUCCUUCCAAUAGAUUUCGUCAAAAACCAAAGAUUAAGAAGCCAAAUUCAAAACCAUUUUCAAAACUAAUUCAUGGGCUUUUGUACAAAGAUCAAAAUAUUGGGAAUACUGUAAACCAAGAAAUACCGGAGAAUAUCUAUGUUUUCGAUUCAUUUAGCUCAGAUAAUUCUUCUGAUGAUGACGGAGAAAAUGUCAAAAGGGUACCCGAAUAUCCAUGCAAAGAUCGAGUUUUGCCAGCCCCGCCAAGCGAUCAACGAAACUACGGACUUGGCCCAUUGGUCAAUAAGGCCAGGAAACGAUUUAAAAAAGGAUGGUCAUUUGGAUCACUUAAGUCGCUUGGAAAAAAUCGGAUAGGAAAAUUAAGCCUAGGAAAUUUAACAAAUGAAUUUGAUAAUAGAACAUAUGAAAGCACAUCAGAUAAAAGUAUUGACAAAAGUUUCAAUUCAUUGGCGAAUAGUAAUAGUCCGUCUUCGUCUGUUUUCUAUAUUCCCAUAUAUAAACAUAUCAUAGAUAAUGGUACGAUUCGGCCUGUAAAGAUUAGAAACAAACCACCAUCGUCUAUUGAUUCGAGACGUCUAAGUGUAGCUGUUGCAAGACCUAGUUCACCGCCACCUCCACCACCAGUAAAACGACAUUCCACUGGAAACACCACUUAUGGUUCAUUGCCUCGUUCAAUUUACAAUUCUAAAGGAAGGCCAGGCAAUUCGUUGGACAAGAGCAGCACUGAAUCAGCAUCCGAGAAUGGUUCCAAUCAUGGUUCUGAUUUGUACAUGCGAUUUGCUGAUGAACCGUUAUAUCAGUUUUAUGCAGCUGAUAUAUCUGAAAGAACAAAAAGUGUUUUUGCCGGUGACAUUAUGGAAGAUUGUGAUGGUUAUGAAGAAAUUAGUUCAAUCGCAAGUAGACCAUCAGCUCUAGAGCUUAUAACACCUUGUACAUCGGGUCAUGGGCAACAUAGAUCUUUAUGGUGUGAAGUUCCAGAAGUAAAAAAUAGUGGCAUUAUAGACUCAUUAACACCAAGAGAACGAAAGUUACAAGAAGCAAAGUUUGAAUUGAUAACUUCUGAAGCAUCUUAUUUUAAGUCUUUAACCGUCCUUGAGAAACAUUUCAUAAAUAGUCAUUCAAUGAACGAUGAUACAAUAUUAAGUAAAAAAGAUCAAAAGAUUCUAUUUGGAAAUGUUAAUCCAGUACGGAAAUGUUCAGAAAAAUUACUGGCGGCAUUAGAAAAAUGCUGGCAAGAUAAUAUACUGCUAAGUGGACUUAGUGAAAUUUUAUAUACACAUUCUAAAGAAAACUUUGACAUUUUUGUAAAAUAUUGCUCAAAUCAAAUUUAUAUAGAUCGUACUUUAAAGUCAUUGAGAGAAAAUCAAAAAUUCAAUGAAGCCUUACAAAGACUCGAAUCAGAUCCAAAGUGCCAAUCGCUCUCUCUUCAUUCGUUCCUAAUGUUACCUAUGCAAAGAAUAACUAGAUUACCUCUACUCGUUGAUGCUAUUUUAUCACAAAUGGAUUCAAAAGAAAAUUCUUUGGAAUAUCAAAUGUGUGAAUUGACUUUAGCUUCUUUAAAUACUAUUGUACAAAACUGCAAUGAAAGUACUAGAAAAUUAGAACGUUAUGAAGAAAUGUUGUUACUUAGUCAACAAUUAGAAUUUUCUAGUAAAAAAGAAAUGAAAGCUAUGUCAGUAGCUUCUAGCUCACGCUGGUUAGUUCGUUCUGGUUCUAUGUUGAAUUUGACUGUUCCUGAUGGAAAAUUAACAUUUAGCCGAAAAAUGAUACGACCUACUAAACUUUACUUUUUCCUAUUCAACGAUAUGUUUUUCAUAGCGAAACGCAAAAGUGACGGAAACUAUACAGUGGUAGAUUACUGUGCAAGAAACUUUGUAGAAAUGGAACAUACUGCUGAAUCAGUUAUUACUUCAUCCUAUAAGAAUCUUUUAAAGCUAACAAUUUUAGAAAAUCACGAAGGAAAGACUAUUGAAAUGUUAUUAAGUUGUGAUUCUGAAUCUUCAAAAAAACGUUGGAUUGAAGCAAUGUCACCUCCUAUCAGUUCCAAUCCUGAAGAAACGCUAUACAAUGAAUGGGACUGUCCACAAGUGUUUUCAGAACACCCGUACAUUGCUAUCCAACCUGAUGAAUUGUCAUUGCAAAAUGGAGACAUUGUUAAAGUUUUGACUAAAAUGAAUGAUGGAUGGUAUCAUGGGGAGCGAAUUCGAGAUGGUGAGAAAGGUUGGUUUCCUGGUAAUUACACAUCAGAAAUAGCAUCACAACAUGCUAGAGCAAAAAAUCUUAAACAACGUUACCGUUUGUUAGCCAUGUCUGGAAGUUACCUGCAGUCUCGACAAGAUAAAAUUAAAAAAAAAAAAAUUAGUCAAAUUAUUUAAACUAAAUAAUCGUUAAAAAAAAAUUCAUCAUCUUAAAAAUAAAAAUCUCCUUAACAA